UUUAUAAGAAUUAAUCAUUCAAAAAAUUAUUAAAUAACAUAUUUAUUAACAUAAGUAUCUACCUAAUCCAUUUAUUCUAAGAAUUGACGAAAACAAUUAGGAUUAUGUCGUCAGGGCCAAUGGUAUUAUGUCAAUUAUGGAUGGGUGGCUUGGAGCCGUACAUGACAGAAAGUUUUAUUAUGAAUGCUUUCCAUAAGAUGGGAGAACAACCUCAAACCGUAAAAGUGAUGCGAAAUCGGUAUACUGGUGAGCCGGCUGGUUAUUGUUUUGUACACUUUCCUACUGAUGAAAUGGCAUUGGAUGCUAUGCAUAAGCUUAAUGGCAAAGCUAUUCCUGGUUCCAAUCCUACGGUAAGGUUUCGUCUAAAUCAUGCCAGUACUACUGGUAAACCUGCUGCUGACAGGGAAUUCAGUAUUUGGGUUGGAGAUUUGUCAACUGAUGUAGACGAUUAUUCUUUGUAUAGAGCAUUCGCUGCUAAAUAUAAUUCCAUAAGGACAGCUAAAGUAAUAUUGGAUAGUUCAGGAUUUAGUAAAGGUUAUGGUUUCGUAAGAUUCGCCAAUGAAGAAGAACAAAAGAAUAGUUUGGUGGCGAUGAAUGGAUACAGAGGAUUAGGAACAAAGUCUCUUAAAAUCUGCAAUGCGGUACCAAGACCAUGGAAUAAAAUAUCAACUCCACCUCAAUCAUCUUCAGAAUAUGCACCAUCGAACAUGAACUCUGAAGCGUAUAACUAUUAUGAUACUUCUUCCUAUUGGAGUAGUUACAGCGCAUGGCAACAAGGUUAUUACGAAAGUGAACCAACAUCAGAUGCUUACAAUAGCUACGUUUCCGAUCAAAAACCAGAAGAAGAUGAAUUAGAAUUAAUUGAGCAUUCUGUACCGUUGGAUAUUGACAAAUUUAACAGAGAAAUAAUUGAACAAGAUUAUAAUUUAUGGGAUGCUUUAGAAAGUUCAAAAUGGAUUCCUUGCGAUACAAUAGAAUUAUGUUACUAGUAAUUUUGUGUCGCAUAAUUUCUAUAUUUGUUCAUACCAAUAUCGCAAACAAUUUUUCCCCCCUUCUAGAUUAUAAAUAUUUAAAUACUAUUCAUAACAAAAAUUGAAUGGUUUUUGGACCAUUCAUAUUUAAAAAACUCCUGCUGGAAAUAAUAGCUUAAGCUAUUAAUUAUUUCAUGCGUAUCCUACGUGACACUUACUUGUCGUCAGUUAGAUUUAAGUUGUCACAUCUAACAGAAUUUAAAGAACAAGUACGAGUACGUAUAACUUUUUUUUUUUUAAUUAAUAAUCAUAUUUUUAUCAAUUAAUUAUAUAUAAAAAGGUAAACGAAAUAAUAAAUUCAAUUAACAUGCUAAUAUAUCAUAUCAUUUUUGGAAUAUUGUAUUUUUGGAAAGGUGUUAAAGGUGGAUGGGUUGAUAUACCUGAGUUUUCAGAUGAAACAAAAGUUUACAGAAUUCCUUUUUCUAAACGUGACCAAGAAUACAAAUUUAUACGAAAUGACGAUAAAAAUACUUAUUUUUAUAAACAACAAAAUGGUAUGAUUUACGACGAACAACAAGAAAUUCAAAUUCCAUCAAUACAAAAAUCAGAUUUAAAUGUAACUCAAUUGACAAUAACAGAAUCAUAUUCUGAAAUAAAUCAAUAUUUUACAAA